UAUCGUUCAAAUGGAGCGCCCGUACAGCCCUCAACAUGGCUGAUCAAUGACCACUGACAUCAAAAAGGAACCGACAGCUACUGUCGUAACUACGGAUCUUAUAUUCAAGAUCGUCUUAAGCAUAGUUGACAUCAUUCAACAUGUCAAACUCCAAGAAAAAGAAGAGCUACAAAGCUUUUUUGGAACCAGAGUUUAGAGCAUCGCAAGUGAAUCGUCAAACAUAUCAACGAUGGAUGACACAUGUUACAAAAGGAAAUACCAUAUUGGAACAUUCGGAACUGCGAAAUGAGGAAGCAGUUGGGACGUUGACAGAUUUAAAUCAGAGGUCACAAUAUGAGUUAAACACCACAGCAAUUGAUGUCUCAUCAAAUGAAAAUGAAGAUACUAGAAAUUGGAACGAAAUUAUACACGAUGAGAACUCUGAAAAAGAAGAAUGUGAUAGAAAUAUGUCCUGUAAUGAUGAAAUGGAGAAUAAUAAUUUUGUUACCGAGGAUGAUUUUAAUUUGUUUGUAACUUCAAACAAGAAUUAUGGUACAAAUGAUGAUACUAUCAUGUUUGAAGCUGCCGGUUUGUCAAUUUCUCAAGUAUAUAUAAUGGUCCAUGCUUUAUGUUUACGUUAUCACCAUUCUGAUGAAUCUAGACAUGCUCUAUUGAAUUUGAUCAAAAUUUUAGCUGGGCCAAAAUUUAGUCAUGUUAAUAUUACUAAAUAUGCAAUAUCGAAAAAGUACAAUCCGCCCAAUGACACCAUAUCGUAUAUAUUUUAUUGUGAACAAUGUUAUAAGGUAUUGUUACAUCUACUCUCUCAAACUCAUAUUAGUAAAAAUAAAAAUGCAACGUGCCAUCAGUGUGGAAAAAGAUAUCAAAUUUCUAACUUUCAUUGAACAGAUAGAAGAAUUAAUUAACAAUGGUAUCACCAUAUUGGAUAACAAUAAUAAGAACAUUACAUUUGUUUUACGGCCCUUAUGCGCCUCAGUAGACUCUGUCGCUCGCCCUAUAAUGCAGAAUCGAUAUCAAUUUAAUGGGUAUUUUGGUUGUAGUUGGUGCUAUGCAAAUGGCGAACAUAUUUAUGGUUCUAUGCGAUAUCCUUUUACAGAAAACGAUUUACAAAGAAAUCAUGAAAAAUAUCUAACAGACAUACAAGAAGUUGAGCAUACACAAAGAGCAGUUAAUGGUGUUAAAGGUCCUUCCGUGUUGACAAAAUAGAAAUAUUUUGAUUGUGUAUGGGGAUUUCCUGUUGAAUAUAUGCACGGUGUAUUAUUAGGAGCUGUGCGUCAAAUGUGGGCUGAAUGGAACUCUUCUAGUUCUUCAUUUUAUUUAUCACGACAACAACGAGACUGUAUUGAUAAAAGGUUAUUGAAUAUAAAGCCUCCGAAAGAAAUACAUCGUUUACCGCGAGCGUUGAAAGAAGGUAAACUUAAGGCGAGUGAAUGGCGUUCAUGGACUUUAUUUUAUAGUGUGCCAUGUCUCACAGGUAUUUUAAAUGAUAAUGCGUUAGCUUCGUUUAUACUUUUAGUACGAAGUAUUAAUGUUCUUCUUUCGCAAAGUAUUUCAGAAGAAGGUUUGAAACAAUGUGACAUAGAUUUAACACAUUUUGUUGGAGAAACCGAAAUUUUAUAUGAUAAAGGCGCUAUGACUUUUAAUAUUCACUCAUUGUUACAUGUAGUUCAAAGUGUUCGUAUGAGUGGUCCAUUAUGGGCUACCUCCGCAUUUCCGUAUGAAAAUGGUAUUUUUCAUUUGAAACAAAAUAUCCAUGGCCCUAAUGGACUACUUUUUCAAAUAGCAACGAAAACGUUGCAAAGAAAUACAUUUGGAAAUAUUAUAAUAAAUAAUAAGAAGGAAACAUGUGAACUUUAUUGUAAAAGUUUAUUUACUCCCCGAAAAUUAGUAAUGCAACAUAACAUAAGUGAAUGUGGUGCUGUCCUAAUAGGAGAGAAAAUCGGUUUUGAAGAUUUA